AUGUCUCCCUCCGUCGUCGCCAACACCGGGCGCACCCUUCUGCUCGCCCCGCCUUCGAUUGCCAGCCACGAAGAGAAACUCCGCGAUGUCCUAGCCUCCUACGAUCGUUCUAUUACCGACCUCCAAAUGCUCGACCGUCUCUCAGCGGGCCUCGUCAAUCUCCCAAAUGCCACCUACGAUCUCAUCCUCGUCCUAACCGAUGCCGACGGUUCUCGAUCCGAGUCUUCGCUCUUGCUGAACCGCAAUGUCUUUGUCAAGGUCGUCUCUACACUCAAGGUCGGAGGAAAGAUCCAAGCGCAAGAUGGCUCCCUUGUGGGAUCCAGUUCCACCCCAGACGCUCGCGAGGCACUGCUUGCCGGCCUGUCGCCUGGGGACGAUGGUUUCACCAAGCCCGAUGAUGAGGCCGAUGCCGCUGUGCCUCUGAAGUUGUCGUUCGGCAAGAAGAAGCAGAAGAGCGAGGCGGGGCCUCCAGUCUCCAAAGUCACAAUCGAGCAGUCUAAUGGCCAGACCGCAAGCCUGAACAUGGUGCCACCUGCAGCCAAGCCUGCUGGUGUUGGCUUCGUGGACUUCAGCGAUGACUUCGACGCUCCUGUGGAUGACGACGAUCUUAUUGACGAAGACACCUUGUUGACGGAGGAGGAUCUCAACAAACCCCUUGCUAUCCCCGCGGAAUGCAUUCCCAAGGUUGGUAAGCGCAGGCGCGCCUGCAAGGACUGCACUUGCGGCCUGGCAGAGAAAAUCGCGGCCGAGGACGCGGCCAAACGCGCCGAUGCCGACUCCAAGCUGCAGACCCUCAAACUCGGCAUGGACGACCUGAACGAGGUCGACUUCACCGUCCAGGGCAAGGUCGGCUCGUGCGGAAACUGCUCGCUUGGCGACGCCUUCCGAUGCGACGGCUGCCCUUACCUGGGCAUGCCGGCGUUCAAGCCUGGCGAGGAGGUCCGUCUUCUCAACAACGAGAUCCAGUUGUGA